AAUAGUAGCCCAGCAGGCAAAAUGAUAUCAGAUACUCGGGUCAUUCUUCCAAAGUCGUUCCAGCUUUGAGAACUGAAGCACUACGUGUAGACUACUCCUCCUGCAUCUUCUCCCUUCUCUGUGGAUUUCAUCUUACAUCCGAUCCAAUCAUGCCUAUUGGGACACUUGAAGUUCUUCUUGUUGAUGCCAAAGGCCUCGACAACAAUGACUUUAUGGCUGACAUGGACCCCUAUGUCCUUUUGACUGUAAAUACCCAAGAGAAGAAAAGCACUGUGGUUUCAGCUCAAGGAUCUAACCCAGAAUGGAAUGAGACUUUUCUAUUCACUAUCUCGGACGAUUCUGCUGACCUUCACUUGAAAAUAAUGGAGAAGGACAACUUCAGCGCAGAUGAUUAUGUUGGAGAAGCAAUCAUUUCUCUAGAGCCAGUUUUUGAAGAAGGAAGCCUUUUGCCAACUGCAUACAAUGUUGUUAAUCAGGAGAAGGAAUAUCGUGGAGGAAUUAAAGUUGGACUCAAAUUCACUCCUGAGGCUGAGCCUGAAGAGCAGAGAAGUGAGUAUCGUUCUGGAGAGGGCGCUGAAACAGAGGAGAGCUAUGGUGGAUGGAAACAAUCUGCUUAUGGCGAGGAGUAAGGGUGGAUAACAAUCAUUGAAUUCAGGAUGACCUUAAGUGAUGUUCAUUUAGCUGCCUGGUGUUGUCCUGUACAUUUGCCUCAAGUUGUUUGAUAAACUUGAAAUAAUUAAUCUACUUUACUGAUUAAAUUGUUUCAUACAUGCUUUACCUCCUUAUUGUACCCAGUCUCUACUUAAAACAAUGAAGUUAGUUGUUUCAAAUUACUUACGAACAGAUCAUUCAUCAUCUA